CACUUUAUUCUGUCGGUGCGUUCAAGUUCACUGGUGUAGUAAUCCUGUUAAGCUGUCGGCCUAAUCCUACACAACUCAGUUUGCUCAGUCUGGUUUCUGCCCGACUGAGAGGAGACUCACAUCUUUUAAAUCAUCUUGCUCCUGAAAAUGAUGUCCAAGAAGCAAAGCAGGUGCAAUGAGAAGCCCAACAAACCUACGCAGAAGAAGGCAGGAAAAGACGUAGCAGCGUUAACAUCUGGCACCAGCGCGUCUAAACCCACUUAUGGAAGAAGCAACAGCCUCGGCAGCAGAGGUGGGGACUCGGCUGCAGCUGCCAGUAAAGCUGGGGGCAGUCUGAAAAGGGGCAGCCUGGGCCCCCAGCCCACGGGACGAGGCCCCGGCCCGUCCAGACCUGCCCUCCGCCUCUGCAGCAGCCGGAGCUUUUCAUCCCUGCACACCAGCUCUCUGUCCGUCGCUCCGUUCAUGAGAAGCAGCCGCUCGCUCAGCAGACUCGACCAAAGGUCUAACAGAGAUGAUUCGGAGAGCAAGGUUGUGAGUAAGCAAGGGAAUAAAGUACAAAACCCAGAGAGGAGAAGUCAGGAUUUCGAAGAGCAGCUCAGAAUUAAAAAAGACCAAAUGAAGACGAGCAGCUCCCCUCAGCCUCCGGAGUCUUCCUCCUCUUUGGUUUCCACUAACGCGUGUCCUCUUCCCUGCGACAAAGGAAAGAAACAGACCAGAGACGGCGUCUACACUCUUUGUGCAAUGACCGCCGGGAUGAGACACAACUGGGUCCACGCCGUAUUGAAGAAUGUCCGUCCUGGUCUCACUCAAGGCGCCACAAGCUCCCAUUUGGAUAAAGAGCAUCAAACCGGAGACUGGACGGAGGCUUCAGAUCAACAGCAGCAAGAACCGGAGUCCAAAGUGCAGCCAGAAGGAGCCCAGACUCCCUCACUCCCCACGCCGACGACUCUUUCCGAUCCUCCACAGUCGCCGGAGGAAGCUGCUGCUGACCAGCGCACGCAAAGCAGCAGAGAGUCAUUAGAUGCGCCUCCAUGUGUCGAAGUCUCCACGUCGACAGAGACGACGUCGAAUGGUUCAAACGUGCAGAGCGAGCAGCAACCUGGAUCCACAUCUCAGAGCCAGGAGCAGUCAGUGAACUCCACCACCACCACCACCACCGACAACGACGACGUCUGCAAGAAGGAAAACGAAGCAUGUGAGCAGCAAACUGGGCAACUGGUCAAAGAGCUGGAACAAACACAGAGGGAACUAUCUCGACUCCAGCAGAUAAACAGGAACCUGCAGGAUGAGCUACAACUAGAGAAAGAGGCUCACUCACACUUCUGUCCACAGAACUCUUCAGAACAAGCUUUGGCUUUAAAGCGGCUGCAGAAGAUGAACCAGGACCUCCGCUCUGAGCUGGAGGCGCUGAAGGCGAGCCAGGAGGAGGCCCGAGAGGAGGAGCUGCGGCGGAGGGUCGACCUCUUGGCCCAGCAAGCGCAGCUGCUGGUCACCGGCGACGCCACGGCUCUGGCACAAGCCCACCUGGAGAAAGAUCGGCAGCGGUUUCAGGAGCAGCAGGUGGAGUGGGAGCGUUGCUUGGCCUCCCUGAAGACCCAGCUGAACAGCACCGAGGAGCAGAGGAAGGACACCGAGGUGCACUUGAUGCAGCUGCAGCAGGAGCUGGAGGGUCACCAGCAGGAGGCCGAACGGCUGCGGAAUCACCUGCAGGAGGCGACGGCUCAGCUUCGCGCCAAUGAGGAGGCGCAGGUUAAGAAAGACGCUCGGCUGCAGAAGCACCUCGCGCUGCUUCAGGAGAGUCAGGAGAGGGAGCGGAGGAGCUUGUCCGGCAGCCUGGCGCAAGCUGAGCGACACUCGCAAGAGCUUCAGGAGAGGCUGGACAGGGCAGAGCAGCAGGUGGAGAGCCUGAGUAAGAGUCAGACGUGGACGAGGGAAAUUGAGGAGGCCCAGCGGCAGCUUCAGGAGGAGCUGGCGCGUACGGUGUCCGCCGUGCAGCGCCUCCAAGAGGACAGGGAGCAGCUGGACCGCCGCUGUCAGGAGCUGCAGAACCAGCUGUCGGAGGCGGACAGGGAGGUGAGCCGGCUGCAGGGCCGCCUGAAAACAGAAGAAACACACUACUACAACCUGGAGCACUCAUAUGAGAAGGUCAGCGAGGAGCUGCAGCUGGCGUUGGGGAAGGUGCAUGAAAGGGAGGCUGAAACACAGGAGAUGCGUGAAGGCUAUGAGAGGCAGCUGGACAGCAAGGAGCAAGAGCUGAGUGAGGUUUUGCUGAAGAUGGAAGUCUUAGGGAACAGUCUGGAGGAGACGGAGGUGAAGCUGAACGACGUGUUGAAGGUUUGCACCUGUGCUUCCACUCAGCAGAAGUCUAUUGAGCAGACGGCCGUGAACGAAACCAGCUCAAAUGCGACCGACGGUUACCAUUUGUCAGAAAAUGUAAGAACGCGCUCGCGUUCAAUCGAUGCUUCGUUCCAGGGCCAUAUCAGAGCAGGAGACGACCCGGAAAGGUUCAUAUCCCUGAUCCAGCUGCUUGAAACCAAGCUGUAUGUGACGGAGGAGAAACUCAGGGACAUCACGCAAAGACUGCAAGAACAUCAGAGCCACAUCAGCUGCCAGGACCCGCACAUCUGCUCCCAGCUGACUCAGAGCCGAGCGACCGCUCAGCACCUCAGUCUGCUGCUCCACACUCAGGCCAAGCAGAGCCAGCGCUUCGCCCUAGAGACGGAGAGUCGCUCCAGGAUCCUGGCCGGCAGGUUUCAGGUGGCCCUGAACAUCGUGGAGGUCUGCAGAGACAGGAUUCACGCAACUCCGCUUAAUAUCCAAGACCUCGAGAGGCAGCUGGCCACCGUGGCCGCCUGCCUUCAGCAAGGGGAGAAAGACGCAGAGAAGCAACAGCACGAAUCGCAGAAUAUCAGCAAAGGAGGAGGAAAGAUUCUCAGUGAUGAGAUCUCAGCGAUGCAAACGGAUGACGUGGAAAGCGCUGAGAAGUGUUUAAGGAGGGAGCUGUUCGUAGUGGAAAAGAUGGCGUCUGUGCUUCAGAGUCAGCGUGGAAUCAGCCAAAUAUCCUCAAUGUCACUGGAGGACGGUGGGGACGUCGCACGCAGGUACACAAACAUAAUCUCCCAGAGAUUAGCCCUAAAAUCCAAAGGAAGGACGGCGACAGAACCUUUAGAGAGCGUGAUCAGCAGAGUCUGUGCUGAAGCUGAGCUCAUUUACGCCGCCUUAAAAUUUCAGCAACGGCACAAGAGUGUGACUCCGGGAAAUAAGCAAGAAGAAGCUGAAGAUCGUGCAUCGAGUAUGACGGACAUCAGUCCUUCAGAGUUGGCUUAUUACGAGGAGCAAGGGCAGGGAGACGACUCGGGUUCAGAAGCAGCUGACAAGUCUGGUAAGAAGAAGGAAGCAGAGAAAGAACCCGACUGGUUAGAGAGACUCAUAUCACGGCUGCAAACAAGGUCGAAAUUCUUACGCCAGCUGUGCCGGGAAAUCUCUGAUCAUGACAAUGAGUGUAGUUUGGAUCAAAGUGUGGAAAAUACUUCUGCAGUGGACUUAAGUUCCAUGCAAGAGCAGGCAAAGUUAAUUUAUUUAUCAGACAGGAUAUACCUGGAUUUGGAGGAGGAGCUUCAGCGAAAAGAGAACAAGCUGCAAGCUCUCUACAAGGAGCAGGACCUCAGCUUAAUGGAUGAGCAGGAGGCUUUGAAUCAAACCUUAUGUCACCUCCAGGAGGACAACAACGCACUCAGAGAAGAGUUAGAGCGCGCCGAGCAAAAGGUAACGUCUGCAGAGACCGGCAACCAGAGACUCCUGGAGGAGAUACAGAAAGUCGAGGUUUACCACAAGGAACGGAUGCAGAAACUGGAGACGGAGUUUCAAGAGAAGAUCAAGGAGCUGCAGCAGAUCCACGAGGACGAGAUGAGACACCUGCACGGCUACUACACCAAAGAGAAACAGACCAAACCCUGCAGAGAGAAGCCUCAUUUCACGGAGGGGGGAGCAGAAGAAGAGUUCAGGAUCCAAAUGUUGGACGCUCAGCAGAAAGGUCUUGAAAAACUCCAGGCCUCCUGUGACCAGGAGCUGACGUCUGUGGAGGACAUGAGCAGGAAAAGGAUUGAAGAUCUUCAGCAGCAGCAUCAGGAGGAGGUGGCUGGACUCCUGAAGGAGAAGGAGCAGCUCCUGCAGGAGGAGACGGCCGCCACGAUGGCAGCCAUCGUAGCGAUGAGGAGAGCCCACAAACAGGAGCUGGAGCGAAGCCGACAGUCUCAGCUCAUCAGGGAGAGUUCGGACGCUGCACAGCUUCGCAUCCAAUACGAAAUUUCUUCUAAAACUCUUCACAGGAAGGAGAUCCAGCUGUUGCACAAGGAGCUGGAGGCGCUGUCGGUCCAACACGCUGAGAAAUGUCUGGAGAACUCUCAGCUGAACCAGGAGCUGCAGGACGAGAGGAAAUCCACGCUACAGUUCCAGAAGGAGAACAAGGAGCUCAAAAAGAAACAGAGAGAGUCAGAGGAAAUGUCUCAGCUGUGUUUGACACUAAACGGGAAACAAUCGCAUGUCGACGCUCAACUAAACAGCUUCUAUGAGAUGGAGGUGAUCCUGAGGGCCAGGGAGGCAGAGAUGCAGUUUCUCAGACAGGAAGCUCGUUCUCUCAGAGAAGAGUUGAAGAUUGCUCGGAUGGACAAAAUAUACGCCCAGAAUAAGCUGAAGGCUCUUUAUAUGAACCAGGAGGAAGAUUUCACCUUCUCCCCGUGGUCAACAAGCAGAGACGCUUCAGGACAGAACAGCAAGGACUCGAACAACGUUGCUCUCCACAGGAAAACUGAGAAAUCUUCACUCAUGCGUCAAAUAGUUCGAUCAAAGAGUUUAAAAGAAGGCCUCUCCGUCCAAGAAAGGAUGAAGCUGUUUGAGUCGCUGUGAGUCCAGGAAGAUGAAAAUAAAUCAGUUUUGACUGUCUACCACCAGAGGGCGCAACAAGCACAGCAUUAGUUUUUAUUCUAAAUACACCUUUAUUCCAUUUAAAAUAUUUAAAACCACUAUUUGAUAUUAAUAUAUUUGAUUUAUAGUCCAGUACAGUGCACAGUGAGUGGAUAAUUUAAUUGUGUUAUUAAAAUAAAUUAAAAACGUUCAAUAAAGUGCGUAAUAUUUCUGUA